GAUGGAUGAGAGGAACAGACUGUCCUCCAGGAGGUGUGCGCUGCUUUUUCUGGGCUAUUUCAUGUACCUCCUGAUCGGAGCUGUAGUCUUCCAGGCGUUGGAGUUGAAGGAAGAGCAUAAACUUAAAACCAAAAUCUGGAACGAGAAACUGCAAUUCCUGGAGAACUGCAGCUGCCUUACUCGCGAAGUUCUGGAGACUUUUAUGGAGGCAGUAACUGAAGCUGUAAAGCAUGGAGUGAAUCCUAUUGGAAAUGAUUCCAAAUCUUCCCACAGUAAUUGGGAUAUGAGCAGCUCUUUCUUUUUUGCAGCUACAGUGGUGUCAACAAUAGGGUAUGGAAAUCUCUCACCCACAACUGCUGGAGGUCAGAUCUUCUGUGUUUUCUAUGCCUUGUUUGGAAUUCCCCUGCAUGUGAUUAUUCUCGGUGUUGUUGGCAAAAAUCUAUCUUCCCAUUCAGAAAAAGUACGCGCUUGUCUGUUCAGGAAAGGAAUGAAAAAGAAAAGAGUGGAGCUUUUAACAUUCCUGUUUUUCCUUGUGAUUGGUGCUGGAAUCUUCCUGGCCUUACCACCUUUAGUUUUUUGCUCUAUUGAGAAAUGGUCCUACAGGGAAGGAGUUUAUUAUGCAUUCAUCACUCUCAGCACCAUUGGUUUUGGCGAUUAUAUUGUGGGUGUCAAUCCCCACAUAAAGUACUUAAAAUUUUACCGGGCAGUGAUGGCAAUCUGGAUCCUCUUUGGCAUGGCAUGGUUGGCACUUCUUUUUAACUUACUGACCACCUUCAUGGAAGACACUGAAAAGAAAAUUGCACAACUUAAGAAUAAGAAAAAAGAAGCAAAGGCAAAAAUGAACUUUAGAUAUGAUGCAAAUGCAAACUCGAGCUCAGCGGAUGAUUCCAUAUUGUUGGAUUCAGAGACAGGUGUGCAGGAAGGGGCCCAAAAAUCUUCUGAUCAGGAAGCAUUUUUACAAGUUGAAUCGAAAACAAUGGCUUCAGAUCCUUCUCAACAGGAAGCAACGUCUGAGCCAGAAUCUUUGAAUGCGCAGAAUGCAGACCACGAAAUAACAUAGACUAAUAUUUGUCCAAUUAUUCCAAACUAAGGAGGCCAGAAGAUAUCUCAAAUCACUGGUCAACUUUAGUAAGCAACAUUUAAAGCAAGAGUGGGGUAAAAAUUUGAAUUCACUGACGGGGUGAUAAACUUGUAGAAUUAAUUACCUUCCUAUUAUAGAACCUUGUCCAGUUAUGAAUCCCACAGACAUCAACAUAUCUUCUGCCUCAGCAACAUGUCAGGAAUAAAGUUAUGACUAAAUGUAUUAGGCUUAGAGGGGCUCAUUAAAAAUUCAGCAGGAUGCAAAUUUCUUUCUGCCACUUUUUGGCCCUGAAAUGGUGCUGUUCACAGAGCCUUAGUUCAAGCUUCAUUAAUAUUUUUGGGCAUGCUUUGGUCUCCACAGGUUGCCCGCUAUUUUAAGAAGAUAAAUUUCAGUUUGUGGGGCCAGGGAUAGGGAAGAUAAAAUUCAGAGCUAUUGUGGAAUCACUUGCUCUUUUUGGCUCCGCAGAAAUUUCUUUCUUCUAAAUUUUUAAAAUUUACUAACCAUCAGAGAAUUCUGAGUGACUCCAAAUCUAUCAACAUAAAAGCAUAGUAUUGAAUAUUAUCUUCGGGUUUUUCGUUGCUUCAGAAAGUAUUGGGAGGCUUGCAACAUGUUUGAAAUGCUGAGGUUUCCGUCAGUAAUGGCUGGAAACAGAUAUUAAAAGAAAUGUUAAAUCAUAUUUAAGUAUGCUUAAAAUAUAGCGCAGGUGAAUUUCCAUUCAUUCAACAUAACGCCAUGUGUACAGAUUUACAGAGUUCACAUUGCAAUUAUGAGGCUAUUGUGCCCUGCCUUCAGAGCUUACCAUUUGAAUUAUGCUAAUUGUAAGCUAUGAUACAAUAGAUGAUAAUACAGUAGUUAUUCAGUUGUUUACAUGUGAUUCAGUAUUUCAGUUCAUGUUGCAAUAAGAGAGUCAUUGAUUCAAUAUGAUUCAUGCAUUAUUAUAACGUCAUUCAUACACCAUUUCAAUAUACUGUUAAAACAUUCAUUCACAAUGAAAUAUUACAUUGGCUUUUUGUACAUGUAAAC